UUUAUCUAGCGGUGCAGACGCUACGGUUAACUAGUGCUGCCGAAGCGCAGAAACAGGAUGGCGCUCGUUCUGAGUUCUGUGUACGAUGGUUACGUGAAGAAUCUUAUCGAUAAUGCAGAUGAACGAGUGGUUGGUCUUCCACUGUUACAAUCCAUCUGGACCGUCCCGGCCAUUACGGUGGUCUAUCUCUUCUUCGUGCUCAACGUCGGUCCCAAGUUGAUGGCCAAUCGCAAACCGCUCGAGAUACGACCGCUGAUCAUUGUCUACAAUCUAGUGCAGGUCGCAGCAAAUCUGGCCGCCUUUAUACUCGGUCUGAAGUAUCUGCGAGACUACCACGUUUCGUUAGUGUGUCAACCGGUGCAGCAGAUCGACAAUGAGCAGUCACGGGUCGAGCUGCGGCUGGCGUAUGCUUACUUCCUCUUAAAAAUACUUGACCUAGCCGAUACAGUGUUCUUCGUGCUCCGGAAGAAACAGGCACACGUGUCCUUUCUCCACGUGUACCAUCAUGCAAUAAUGGCGAUAUGUGCUUCGCUCAUUAUGCGCUACUUACCCGGAGGGCACUGCUUCAUGCUCGGACUGCUCAAUACGCUCGUGCAUGCGGUCAUGUACUUUUACUUCUUCCUAACCAUCUACCGGCCGCAGCUAACACGUGGUGCUACCUGGAAGCGCUACAUCACACUGAUGCAGAUGGCCCAGUUUAGCUAUCUAGUGUUUCACUUCUUCCGUCCGAUCGUACUCGGUGUUGAUUGUGGUUAUCCGCGAGGGAUGAUGUGGUUCGCGGGCAUACAGAACGUGUUCAUGCUCAUACUGUUCGGUGAUUUCUAUAGGCGUGCAUAUCUGAGAAAUCCUACGAAAAUUCAUGCCCAAUAAUCUCCUGCAGGUUUCCGUAGCGGAUUCCGUAGCAGAGCGUAGCGGG